AUGGACGUUAAACGUAAAGUAAACGAAUCAGCUGUGAUAAUACUAAAUUUAAUGUAAAUAAAAUACAUUUACAUUUUUAUUAAAAAAGUAAUUAGUGAUACUUUCAAUUUUUUUGUAAAAAAUGGCUUCUCGAUUUAGUGGUGCAUUGCAAUUGACAGACUUGGACGAUUUCAUAACUCCGUCGCAGGAAUGCAUAAAACCUGUGAAAAUAGAGAAAAUUAAAAGCAAAACCGGUGCAAAAAUUAAAAUCGGAGAAGAUGGAUACUUUGACCUGUCUACUGGGCAGGAGCAGAAGUUACAGAAAGUGGAAAUAACUCUUGCAGAUUGCCUGGCAUGUAGCGGCUGCAUAACAUCAGCUGAAAGUGUUCUUGUAACAAGACAGAGCCAGGAAGAACUUUUAAAAGUAUUUUCUGAGAGAAAAUUUACAGAUACUCAAGGUGUAACACGAGAUGUCACUUUGGUUGUAAUAUCAAUAUCUGCUCAGCCAACUCUGUCUUUAGCUGCCAGGUAUAAAUUAGACCCUGAGGAAGCAACACGAAAAUUAGUUGGAUAUUUUAAGAGUCUUGGAGCAGAUUUGGUAUUAGACAUGACAGUCGCUGAAGACUUGUCUCUGCUCGAAGCACAGCAGGAGUUCUUGCAGCGUUACCAGAACCACCAGCAUGAUCCAUCUGCUAAACAACUACCCAUGCUAGCUAGUUCUUGUCCAGGUUGGGUUUGUUAUGCAGAAAAAACACAUGGCAACUUCAUCCUACCAUAUAUAUCGAGUACUAAAUCACCUCAGCAGAUAAUGGGUUCACUGGUGAAACAGUACCUGGCUAACAAACGAGAGUUGAAUCCCAGUGAAGUGUAUCAUGUUACAUUCAUGCCCUGUUAUGAUAAGAAGCUUGAAGCUUCGAGAGAAGAUUUCUAUAGUGAAAUAUUAAGCUGUCAUGAUGUGGACUGUGUCAUCACUGCAAUCGAAUUAGAACAAAUGCUGGAAAACAGUGGCAAAUGUUUAUCUGAAGUGGAAGGUUCAAAUUUGGAUUGGCCGUGGGAUGAUUCUGAUGGAUCAGGCGUGAAAAGCCAUAUCGGCUCAGGGUCCGGAGGUAACGCAGAUCACGUGUUCCUGUACGCCGCUCAACAACUUUUUGGAGAGACAAACGCACCGCUGGUUUAUAAGAAUUUAAGAAAUCCAGAUUUCCGUGAAGUGACACUAGAAAAAGAUGGCAAAGAAGUUUUAAGGUUUGCGAUCGCGAAUGGUUUCCGCAAUAUACAGAACUUGGUGCAGAAGCUGAAGCGCAGCAAGUCACCCUAUCACUACGUGGAGGUCAUGGCGUGCCCGUCAGGUUGUCUCAACGGCGGCGCCCAAGUGCGACCCAUGCAAGGCGAGAGCGGGCGAGAGCUGGUCGCUCAGCUACAAGCGCUGUACAGCCGCUUGCCGCUCGCCCGGCCCGCGGAGAGCAAGCUCGUCAAGCAGCUGUACGCCGACUGGCUCGACGGCAGGGACUCUGACAAAUCGAGGGCCUUGCUGCACACCGCGUACCAUGCCCUCGAGAAAAACGACAUAGCGCUAAAUAUUAAAUGGUGAUCUGGUUAUCACGUGAAAGCUGUUGAGCAUCAUGUUCCGUCUGGCAGCUUCCGUGUGGGAUAUGGACAUGUCGCGCUUAAUUAAUGUAUAGAUAUAUAUUAUAUUGUAUAUAAAUGAUUUUCAUCGCAUUGAUGAUAUUUGUAGAUGUUGUAAAUAUUUUUAUUUAAUAAACAACAUGUUA